AUGCCGUAUGCUGCAUCACCUGAGUAUGCAUAUGCCUACAGCACGGAUACACCUUUACAGACCAUCCCAGGCUUGUCCCAAGGUACCAAAGACAGAAUACCUCUUAAUACAUGUAAUCCUGAGCCCUGGCUGCUCCCAGGCUGCAGUUCAGUGUAUGACAGUCUGGUCAGCAACUCUGGGAGUCUACAGUCCUCUCCAAACAGAGAACCAAACACCUCUGCCAAGCCUCGCAGGUCUUCCAUUCUUGAGAGGUGCAUCCUGAAGUUGUCCACUGCAAGUGUUGCUGUUGGGACAGAUGAUGUUGAUGGGGUCAGAAGGUUCCCAUCUGGUUUGCACUGGUCUUCACGCAAUCUGGAUGUCUGCCACUUUGAGACAAACGAGUCAGUUUUGAAACGCAGACAGAAACAAAUUCAAUAUGGAAAAAACACUUGUGGCUACCAGAACUACCUGCAGCAAGUACCCAAACAUCUGCGAAUACCUUGGCUUCAUCCAGCAACUCCCAACAAAUACCGCAAAUACAGCCGCAGAUCUUGGGAUAUGCAAGUAAGGCUUUGGCGACGAGCAUUGCAUGCAUGGGACCCACCAAACCCUUCCCAUGGUCAGCUGGAAGAACAGGAAGACGCUGUUGAUCAAAUCUUAGGAUAUUCUUUUAGAAGUCACCACACUGUAGAGGACUAUAUUGGAUGGCUGAGAUUCCUUCUUGAGAAAAACCACACCCAUAGCCAACAAGUGCCUUUGCAGAGUAUUCUAGAGGAUCCCAAACAGCUGGGAGAGAAGGGUGCCCUGGCUGACAUCUGA